UUCAGAUCCAAACGGUUGGUCGGCACAAGAGUGAGGUCCUCCCUGUGGUGCUUGACGCUUAAUUAAUAAUAAUUAGCUGGUGAAAUGGAAAAAUCAAGUGCGCGGUUAGUGUUCGCAGCAGUGAUGGUUGCGUUGGUGGGAUGGGUGAACUUGACCUCUGCCGCCAGCAGCAGCACCAAGGACUGCGUCGGAGUGGAAAGUUCGCUCGUUUGCUUCGGAGAAAAGAUGCUGCGGAACGUGAUGAAACAGGUGGGGAAGGAAAAAUCGUUACACGUGCUGCCGGGGGUUGAGAUCGCGCAAAUCGUACGGAGUGACGAAGAGAGGGAGCGGGCCUUCAACGAGAUCGACGGCACGGAUGAAGGCUUGCUGGGUAGACUUUCUCGAUAUUUGGUAGACCAUGAGCUUAAGAUCAACUUGGGAGCACUGGUGGAUAAUAGCAAACUGCAGGACGCCAUGCGGUCGACAAUCCUAGACGUCGGAGAUGUUGAAGAAGCACGCAAAAAGGACAAGGGCCUCGGCAUGGUCAUGGUGAUGGGCGUCAUGAUGGGUAAAAUGCUCGGUGCGCUCGGCCUAGGUGGUGUAGCAAUGCUGGCCCUGAAGGCACUUGCCGUUUCCAUGAUGGCCCUGCUGCUAUCCUCUAUUCUGGGACUGAAGAAACUUUCGGAAGGUGGCCAUCAUCACAAGGGGCGCGAGAAUGAUGAAGAAUUCCACGUAACGGCCGGUGAAUCACUGCGGACUGACUACGGCACGAGUUAUGAAAAUGAAGCCAUCCGCAGGCGGAGAUCUCCCGGGGAACUUUCCGGCAAUCUAGCCUACCGGGGAUGGACCGGUAUCGUGCAAUGAUGCUCCAAUUCCGAGGAUUGACUGCUUUUCGUAUCAGUAUUAUAAAUUAUUAAACCUUAUUUAUUUUAGAUAGCUUCAUAAGCUGGAAUGAGGAUUCAUAGAAUUAAAACACAUUGCACACACGGCAGUGAAACGAUAAUUUUUCUGCCUCGAACCCUUACUAGCGAAUAUAAAUUUAAUUAAAAAUUCAACAAGAAAACACCCGAAAACAUUA